AUCUCAUUAGAAUGUAGUGAACAAAAUCGAAAAUUUCGAGAUCGUGAAUUCGAUUUGUUUGUGAACAUGGACGAUUGUCUUUAUAAUAAGAAAACAACAACUUUCAAUGCUACCAAUAUACAACGUAUCAAUAAAAUUUGCAAAAAACCACAAUUCUUCAUUGAUGGUGUUGAACCAAAUGAUAUCAAACAAGGAGGUGUUGGUGAUUGUUGGUUCAUAGCUUCAUUGGCUGUCAUUACGAAUAUUCCAAAAUUAUUGGAAACUAUUUGUGUUGCUAGAGAUGAAGAUGUUGGUGUUUAUGGUUUUAUUUUUUUUAAGGAUGGCGAUUGGGUUUCAACUGUUAUUGAUGAUCAGCUCUUUACAUCCGGUAAAGAUGACAAAGGAAUUUUUCAAUUAACUUUUGCCCAUUGUUCGAAUGAAAAUGAAACUUGGUUACCAUUAAUUGAAAAAGCUUAUGCAAAAGUUCAUGGUGAUUACGAAAGUAUUUCUGGAGGUUGGACUGGUGAAGGGAUAGAAGAUAUAACUGGUGGUGUCUACACACUGCAAUUCACCAAUGAUAUCUUGAAUAAAGAUAAAUUUUGGAAUGAUGUAUUAAAAAAUGUUAAUACUAAUUUAUUACUAGGUUGUGUCAGAUUUGAAUUUAGUGAUAAAGAUAUUAAAGAUUUAAAAGGAACUAUUAGCAAUCAUGCUUAUAGUAUUUUACGUACUGCUGAGACUGACGAUGGUAUUAAACUUUUACAAAUAAGAAAUCCAUGGGGAACAACUGAAUGGACUGGUGCAUGGAGUGAUGGAAGUAAAGAAUGGACUCCUGAACGUAUGAUUAAAUUAAAUCACAGAUUCGGUGAUGAUGGUACUUUCUGGAUGUGUUAUGAUGAUUUCCUUGAUUAUUGGGAUAUGAUUGAUAAAUGUAGAUUAUUUGAUUCAAGUUGGACUGUUUAUAUGACUUGGAUUAAUUAUAAUGUUGUACCAAGGUCUAAAGGAAAGUUUAAAAUAUGUUUACCUGAAGAAUGUCAUCUGGUUAUAGUUCUUCAACAACCAGAUGAUAGAUAUUUUUGUGAUGAGCCUAAAUAUGAUUUCCGUAUAUUCAAAGACGGUGAAACUUCUUACUUGGCUCGCAGUCGUUCGACAUUUGCAUUUGCUUGUCGUAGCAUAAACCAUGAAGUUAAACUUCCUGCUGGUGACUAUGUAAUUGUUCCACAUGUAGACCGUGAAACUAUUGAGAAAUCUGAAGAAAAUCAAGAGACAAAACAAGAAAAAGAUUCUGAGAUUGAGGUUAAAAAACGUAAAGAAAAACGUAUUAAGAAUCUUUCACAUGAAUGGGAAUUGCAAUUGGGAUUAAGAGUUUAUAGUAAAUGCACAGGAAUCAAAUUGGAAGGACUUCCUGGUGAAUUUCCCAAAAUGAAAGACAAAAAGGAAGAUGAAAAAGCUGAAGAGAAAGAUCCAGAGGUUGAUACUAAAGUUAUUAAUCCGAAAGAUGAGGAAAAGGAUGGCGAGAAAAAAGAUGAUAAAAAGGGUGAUGAGAAAAAGGAUGAUGAUAAAAAGGAUGAUAAAAAGGAUGAGAAAAAGGAUGAUGAUAAAAAGGAUGAGAAGAAGGAUGAUGAGAAAAAGGAUAAAUGA